AUGCUUACCUUCCGCCGCGCCCUCGUCGUCGCCGCCGUCAUCCUCACCUGCUUCCUGUUCCUCAGAAACACCCAUGGUACGCCGCCUGCGACGACCGCGGCCGUGCACAACUCACCCAAGCCGACAGGUACCUUUUCCGAGAACAAGGCCAUCCAAGACACGCCCGCCCAGCAGCCCGCCCAGACCGCGCCCUCGAAGCCCGUAUCCUCGACGUUGAAGUGGAAUCAGGACGAUGGCGGUAGAGUCGCCCUGGCGAAGAAGCCGCUGCAGCAGAUACCGUUGGCGGAUUUGAAGGCGCAGCCGUUGCGGAAGCAGUUGGCGUACUCGUUUCCGUACGAUUCCGAGGGAAAGUUCCCGGCGUAUAUCUGGCAGACGUGGAAGCAUACACCGGCGAGUGGGGAUUUCGAGGAGGCUUUCAGACAACCCGAGGCGUCGUGGUCGGAGCUGCAUCCGCAGUUUGUCCAUGAGGUGAUUACGGACAGUGUGGCUGUUCAUUUGAUCAGGCACUUCUAUGCUAGUGUGCCGGAGGUCACGGAGGCGUAUGAGGCGCUGCCGGAGGUGGUCAUGAAGGCGGACUUCUUUCGCUACUUGAUCUUGCUGGCACGAGGAGGCAUCUACACCGACAUCGACACCACAGCGCUCAAGUCGGCGGUGGAGUGGGUACCACCGGAGGUCCCACGAAGCACAUACGGCCUCGUCAUCGGCAUCGAAGCCGACCCCGACCGACCAGACUGGCACGAAUGGUACUCCCGCCGGAUCCAGUUCUGCCAAUGGACCAUCCAAAGCAAACCCGGCCACCCCGUCCUCGUCGACAUCGUCGCCUCCAUCACCGAAGAGACCCUUCGCCGAAAGCACGAAGGCACGCUCGACGCGAAACACAUGAAGAGCGUGAUGGAGUUCACCGGCCCAGCAAUCUGGACCGACACGAUCUUCCGCUUCUUCAACAACCCGGAGUACUUUGACAUGAGUACCAGCAAGGGCAAUAUUACCUGGAGUCACUUUACGGGUAUCACGCAUGCGAAGAAGGUGGGGGAUGUGGUGGUGUUGCCUAUUACGAGUUUCUCGCCGGGGGUGCAGCAGAUGGGUGCUGGAGAGGAGGAUGAUCCUAUGGCGUUUGUUAAGCAUGCUUUUGAGGGCACAUGGAAACCAGAAAGUGAACGACACAUCGGCGAGCAGCAGGAGCAGGCCGUUGCGUGA